AUGCUGUCUUUUCGCAGAGUGGCUUAAAGAGAAAUAAACAGGUUGUGAGGUUAGGAGAUUGCGGGUGAGGAAGUAAAUAAUCCGGCCGGUAAAACUGUAGCCGGCACUACUGCAGACAGCGCUGUUUCAUUUCAUUGCUUAUAAGUCGGGCACAUUGUAGUUUUGGAGCUCAUACCCACUGUGGAGAAAGCACUACCCAUUUUUCAUUCUCGUGCUUGAUGUGUCAGUAUUGGGUGCUGAUACCUUCAGGUUUGGGACUGCGUGUAGUCUGCGCUGCUUGUCCUCCUAUUGACAGCGUGUAAAGGGGUAAAAGAGAGACAAGAGUGUUGGCCUUCCUGUAUGCUGUGGGCUGAUCGGCUGAUCUUUUAUAACGCGGAGGACUUGUUCCAUUUGAAACAUUCAGGCCCUGGUCUUGUCGGUAGUGCGCACCUGACGCUGACUUCUUUGGGUCCUGAGAGAGAUGGCAGAUAACCUAAGUGACGCCUUGAAGAAGCUGAAACUAACAGCUGCUGACAGCACAGUGGAUAGCUUGGAGGGAUGCCUGGACUGCCUGCUUCAAGCACUGGCUCAAAACAAAACAAGUUCAUCUUUCAAAAUUUGUAGACAUUACGUGACUAAUAUCUUUGCCUCUUUUUUGGGGGAAAAAUCUUCAAGCUCCACUCGAGUAGCCCACAUUGUCCAAGAAAUAUGUAAGAGUGAAUUCAUGAGGAGUCCUUGUGUUGACGCUGGCUUGGUUCCACCUUUGGUACAGCUGCUAAACUUCGAUGAUCAAGAGGUACUUCUUCAGACAGGUCGAGCACUGGGUAACAUCUGCUAUGACAGUCAUGAGGGCAGGAGAGCAGUUGAAGAGGCGGGUGGUGCACAAAUAAUAAAUGACCACAUAAAGUCAUUGUGCAGUAUUACAACUCCAGCCAAUCAGAAGCUCAUGACUGUCUUUUGUGGCAUGCUGAUGAACUAUAGCAAUGAUGAUGAUGAUGAUAUCCUUCAGACACAGCUGAUCAGCAUGGGUGUCAUUCCUACACUAGUGAAACUUUUAGGUAUUCAUUGUGUUAAUGCAGCACUGACAGAGAUGUGCCUAGUUGCAUUCGGCAAUUUGGCUGAACUUGAGUCAAGCAAAGAGCAGUUUGCUUCUACAAACGUUGCAGAAGUUCUUGUACAGAUUUUCAAAAAGCAAACCGAACAUGAAAAAAAGGAGAUGAUUUUUGAAGUCUUGGCCCCCCUAGCAGAGAAUGAUAUUAUUAAGAUUCAGCUGGUUGAAGCUGGUCUGGUAGAACUUCUGCUUCAGAUUGUGGAGGCAACUGAGAACAGUGACAAAGACGAAGAUGUAGCCCAACUGAAAACAGCUUCUGAUCUCUUGGUUUUACUGCUUCUGGGUGAUGAAUCAAUGCAGAAGCUAUUUGAUGGAGGAAAAGGCAGCAUAUUUCAAGUUGUCCUCUCGUGGCUUCCAUCAAACAACCAUCAGUUGCAACUUGCUGGGGCACUUUCCAUUGCCAAUUUUGCUAGAAAUGAUGGAAAUUGUAUCCAUAUGGUUGAUAAUGGAAUUGUCACAAAGCUUUUGGAUCUGCUGGACAGACAUGUAGAAGAUGGCAAUGUUACAGUGCAGCAUGCAGCCCUAAGUGCCCUGCGAAAUCUGGCAAUUCCUGUUGUGAAUAAAGCAAAAAUGCUGUCAGCUGGAGUUGCAGAGGAAGUUUUGAAGUUUCUUAAGUCUGAAAUGCCUCCUGUUCAGUUUAAGCUGUUAGGAACAUUACGGAUGUUAAUUGAUGCACAAGCUGAUGCAGCUGAACAACUGGGGAAGAAUGUGAAACUAGUUGAGCGCCUGGUAGAGUGGUGUGAAGCUAAGGAUCAUGCUGGUGUUAUGGGGGAAUCAAACAGACUGCUUUCAGCACUUAUAAGGCACAGUAAAUCAAAGGAUGUUAUUAGAGUCAUUGUUCAGAGUGGCGGUGUGAAGCACUUAGUUACCAUGGCAACCAGUGAACAUGUAAUAAUGCAGAAUGAAGCUCUUGUAGCUCUUGGACUAAUAGCUGCUUUAGAACUAGGUACGGCAGAGAAAGAUCUAGAAAACGCAAAGUUAGUCCAGGUACUACACAGGCUGUUGUCUGAUGAGAGGAGUGCUCCUGAAAUUAAAUACAACUCUAUGGUGUUGAUCUGUGCUGUCAUGGGAUCAGAGCCAUUGCACAAGGAAGUAAUGACACUGGCAUUUAUGGAUGUUGUAGCCAAACUCCGCAGUCAUGAAAACAAAACAGUUGCCCAGCAGGCAUCAUUAACAGAACAGAGACUGGCUGUAGAGAGCUGAGAAUUGCUACACCAUUUUCAUACAGAGUCUUGUCACCAAUGUCACUUUUCAUCCAGUGUCUGCUUUGUCUCUUGUACCACUUAACGCAUGUGUGCAGUGUUCCACACAGCUAAUAAAAAUCACUGUAGGUACAUUUUCAGAAAGUUUUUGACACCUUAGCUGUGAUAACAUUUACCAAAACAUCUCCAGUCCCACUCUCAUAGUUGUCGUUUGUUGCUUGAAAGUCACAUAGUAAGCUCUGCAUGUUGUCAUCAUCCUAUGAUAAUGUUUAACAGUGGUACUAAGUAAUGGCUCAAACUCACCUGAGCCACUAGUAAUAUAGAACUACAGUAAGAACAAUGCUAGAUGCAGCAAGGUCUGCCUAGACUUUUUAAUUUGAUAGAAGGUUUAUUACUAAAGUAGCUCCACUUUUGGCACUUCCCAGAAGUUGGCUACAGAGACAGAGUCAUUGAUCUUUCACUGGUCUUACCUAUUAAUGUUGUCAGAAAUCAUGGAACCUAGAGCUAUUAAAAAGUUGAAUUCUCCUCCA